AAAGAGAUAUCUAGCAAACAAACUCAGAGCUGAAGCUGAGGUUUAUUGCCAGACGUCUCUGUCACAUCAGUGCUGAAACCCAUCAGCAUUUUCAGCCAAGAAGAUGAAGUUACCCCAUAUCGGCAUAUCUUUGCUACUAGUCUUUGGUUGCUGUUGGAUCACGUCCGACGCUGCCCCAAAGUCGCAACGAGCCUCUUCUUGUGGUUAUGCUAGUUGUACGCCGAGUAAACCAGGAGUGAUCAACGUCCACGUCGUUCCUCAUACUCACGAUGAUGUCGGAUGGUUGAAGACGGUUGACCAGUACUACUAUGGCUCAAGAACCGGUUACCAGAGAGCAGGCGUACAGUACAUAAUUGAUUCAGUGAUCAAGGAAUUGGUGAAAGACCCAAAAAGAAGAUUCAUCUAUGUGGAAAUGGCCUUUUUUUCGCAAUGGUGGCAGGAGCAGACAGAAGAGAAAAAGGCUGUCGUCAAGCAAUUAGUUGAAGAAGGCCGUCUAGAAUUUAUAAAUGGCGGCUGGUGCAUGAACGACGAAGCAGCGACGCACUAUCAAGAUAUUAUCGACCAAAUGACUUGGGGAAUGAGGUUCCUAAACGACACUUUUGGGGAGUGUGGCCGACCCAGAAUCGCCUGGCAAAUUGAUCCUUUCGGCCACUCCAGGGAGCAAGCAUCCAUUUUUGCUUCGAUGGGUUACGAUGGCGUUUUCUACGGCAGGAUCGACCAUGUUGAUAGGACUCACCGGAAAGCUAGUAAGGAAAUGGAGAUGAUCUGGCAAACUAGCAACAGCCCUGGUGAACACAGUUCCAUUUUCACUGGCAUCUUCUACGACCAUUACUCGGCUCCCAAUGGCUUUUGCUUUGAUGUCGUCUGCAAAGACGAGCCGUUUAUAGACAACCCAAAAUCUGCCGAUUACAACGUCGUUAGAAAGGUGAACGAUUUGGUGGCUCACAUCAAAGCCAAGGCUCUCAGCUAUGCCACAAGUAAUAUCAUGCUGACAAUGGGUGACGACUUCAACUACAUGUCAGCUGAUAUGAACUUUAAGAAUAUGGAUAAAAUGAUACGGUACACUAACGAGCUGGGCUCCGGGGUCAACCUGUUUUACUCGACACCCAGCUGUUACGUCAAGGCUAUCAACGACGAGGCCGGAAGCAGGCCAUGGCCGACCAAGACUGAUGAUUUUUUCCCCUACUCCAAUGAUAAUCACGCUUACUGGACGGGUUACUUCACUUCUCGUCCAGCCUACAAAGGCACCGUGCGCAAAGCCAACACGUUCCUCCAGAGUUGCAAACAACUGCACUCCCUGGCUGGUGCCGAUUCGUCCGCCGAUGGCCAACACUUGAUUGAUAGUCUAAGACGCAGCAUGGGAGAGGCCCAACAUCACGAUGCUGUGGCUGGCACUGAAAAAGAACACGUUUCACAAGAUUACAGACUAAGAUUGCACGAUAGUGUUGUCGAUUGCCAGCAGGAUGUGAGCAAUUCUUUCAGUAAAAUGCUACCGAUUGGCACUCAACCAUUGCCACAACAAGAAUUUUGCCUCCAUUUGAAUGUGAGCCAAUGUGCCAUUACUGAAUCUUCGUCUCGUUUUACCGUAACGGCCUAUAAUCCUCGCUCACACGAAGUGACGACGUAUGUUCGCUUACCGGUUACAAAUGGAUUCUACACGGUUCUCGAUCCCGACGGUAGUGAGCUGAUUAUCCAGCUAGUGCCGCUGGUCGCCCUCCAAUCAAUCGACGCUGAAAGACCCAAAUCGACAGCCACGCACGAACUCCUCUUCCAGGCGGCCAAGAUUCCUCCACUUGGCCACAAAACAUUCUACGUCCUCAAAACAAGUGCUGGGCGCGACCAGCAUUCCGCCAUCCGCGAAAAGCAGCAGUCAACAACUGUUCGAACGGCGAAAACCGGUGAAAAAAUCGCCGUCAGCAAUGGGAAACUGUCGGUCAAUUUCGAUGGCAACGGCCUCAUCGAGAGCAUCGUCGUUGAUGGCGAAACGGUGACGAUGAGCCAAAAUCUGAUGUGGUACGCUGCGAUGAAUGAAGGAAACUCCAACAGUAUCUUUGACGAUCGCCCGUCGGGUGCGUACGUCUUCCGUCCAAAUGGCACUGACGCCACACCCAUCGCUAUGCAAGCUACUCUUAUCGUUCAAACAGGUGCUUUGGUAAGCGAGGUUUAUCAACAAUUCAGCGACUGGGCCAGCCAAGUGGUGCGCGUCUACAAGGGUCAGAGUGAUGUGGAGAUUGAGUGGACGGUGGGACCUAUCCCCGUCGGGGACGGAGUUGGAAAGGAGAUUGUGAGUCGAGUGAUGACACAAAUACCUACUGGAGGUCGUUUCUAUACCGACUCUAACGGCCGUCAGACAUUGCUGCGCCGGCGAGAUUUCCGUCCUACUUGGACAAUGGUCGACGUGACAGAACCUGUCGCCGGAAACUACUACCCCAUCAAUUCACACAUUUACGUAACGGACGACGAAGGAAAUGCCAAUACGGUCGUAGCCCUUGUCAAUGACCGAUCGCAAGGUGGGACAAGUCUUCAAGACGGCCAAAUUGAAUUGAUGGUUCAUCGUCGACUCUUGUACGAUGAUCAUUUUGGAGUGGGCGAGCCACUUAACGAACCGGGCGAUGGGCCAGGUCUUGUUGUCAGGGGUACGCAUUAUUUAUUGGUCAACCCGUCUCUGGCUGGAAUGCAUCCCAUUUCAUUGGUCCGUCCGUUGGCCCAGCAAACGUUCAUGCGACCGUGGCUCUCUUUUAGCGACACCAGCUUGUCGUUCACCGAUUGGAAAAACAAUUUCCACAUGCAGAAAUCUGGAUUGAGGGCACCGUUACCGGACAACGUGCACAUGCUAACGCUCGAGCCGUGGCGUGAUGGCACUCAUCUCUUGCGCUUAGAACACAUCUACGAUAUCGGUGAACACUCGACUCUGUCCGAGCCCGUUACGCUCAUCUUGGACGAUUUAUUAGUCGAUUACACGAUCACCUCGGCCGUGGAAACAACCUUGGGAGCUAAUCAGUGGGCAUCGGAGGUGUCUCGUUUACCUUGGACCACGGCGGAUGACCAUCAGCAGCCCUUGAAGGUGUCCACCAAAUUUCAGCCGGUUGGCAAAACAUCUGUGACUCUGUUACCAAUGGAAAUUAGAACGUUCAUCAUUCAGAUGACCCCAAAUUACUAGUUGUUUUUUUUUUUCCCUUUUUUUUUUUUAAAUUCCCGAACUGGCGUUCGACCCCAAUAGAUGGCCACACUUGUAUACCAAGUGAAAUGUGGUCAACCUUGUUUCGAUUUCUUCGUUGUAGAUUUUGAAACAAAGUAGAAUAAAAACAGUAUACACAAAG